AUGCAUUCUGCAACAAUCUUCUUCUUCUCCAUUCUAGUUGGUCUGUUGGUCACUUUUCAAGAAACUGAAGGCGGUUCCGUAAUAUCUAGAAUCGGGGGAAGCACUGAAAGCAAUCAAGUUCAAACUAAAAUUCCUGAGCUAUCUAAAGAACCACCAGAGGGCUGGAAAAGAUAUUUGUGGUAUCUCAGAAAAACUCUCACCUCAUUUUGCACACUCAAUUAUUACCUUUCCUACCUACCAUUUUAG